AUGAAAGAAGAACAUGAAAAAGAACAUCAACGUACUGAAGAAAUGUAUCAAAAAAAUCAAGCUGAAGUAGAUAAAAUUGCAAAAGAAAGAGAUGAACUUCACAAACAAGCCGAUAAAGCUUUUGAAGAUGGCAAUAAAUCACUUGGUUUUGAAUUAAGAGAAAAAGCUAAAGCCAAAACCAAAGAAUUAGAACAAGCCUCCAAACAAGCCUCAAGAGCAGUUUUCAAUGCCAAAAAUGCUAAAAAUGAUAAAUAUACAGUCGAUUUACAUGGUUUACAUGCUAAUGAUGCUAUCGAUUUACUCAAAGAGAGAAUGGAUGAAAUUAAAGGUUCAAAAAAACAAUUUACCAUUAUCACUGGUGCUGGUAACCACUCUGACGCCAACGGACCAAAGAUCAAACCAAUGGUUCACAAACUCCUUAAAGAACAAAACAUUACUUUUGAAGAAGUUAAUAAUGGUUCGAUCACUUGUACAAUUUAA